AUGUUUCUGUCUCUCCCUACGUUGACUGUCCUGAUCCCACUGGUGUCUUUAGCAGGACUGUUUUACUCAGCCUCUGUGGAAGAGGACUUCCCUCAGGGCUGCACUAGCACCACCAGUCUGUGCUUUUACAGUCUGCUCUUGCCGAUCACCAUACCUGUUUAUGUGUUCUUCCACCUUUGGACUUGGAUGGGUAUUAAACUCUUCAGGCAUAAUUAACACAGCCAGAGCCAAGAUGGUAUAUCCUAAUGAUAUGCUUGAGUGCCUGUCUCUGAAAGCUCAUCUACAUGGAAAUACUGGAAACCGGCUUAAUUUACAGGAAAGAUGCUUUGCCUAGGUUUCUGUCAGGGGUCUAGGUCUAUGGGAGGCUUAAGCUGCAGAGGCAUCUUUACUGUACUUUGGUUCUGCCCUUGUUUUUUGAAGGUUCUCAUUUAUACCUGGGGUAUCAGAAGGAACAUUUCAACAAAGUGUCUUGUUGGAAAUUAACAGCCCCAACCAUCACUUGAUGGCUUACCCAUUCAUAAUUAAAAGUUACUAUUUUGAAAUUUUAUGUUUAGAUUCAAAGUCUUUGGUAAUGUCACAUGUUAAUGAUGACUAAUUCCAAAGGAGCUAUGUUGGAGUAACUGUAGAGAAAUGCAUUUGAACUAAUGUGAUAUAAAACUAUAAUAAAAUGGAAACUUCAUGGA